CUAGCACUAAAGGCGAACCAGUUGGUUAGAGGGUGAAAGGAACCUUAAGAGAUGACCAAGAAGCAGCAGAUCAAGUCUCUGAUAGGGAAAGUGCAAGGCAUGAGGCUUCUGUCUCUUGGGGGUUGCUUUGAUAGCUGCAGAGACCAUUCUCAAGCUUCUGGUCUGGGAACAAGGAUAUGGAAUCUGAGUGAUAGGCCAUUGGAGCUGCAAAUUAGGGUCGGGUCAAUACUGAAGAAGGUUCACACGGUGAAGCCAGGAUGCUCCAAGAGAUUGAAAUGCAAAAGCAUAUACAAGGCCUACAUGCCUGGUAUGAGCAGCAGUAAUGGCGAUGGAGGUGUGGUGGGGAUUAAGAGCUUGCUCUAUUACUAUGACGAGACUUGCCAUCCUUAUAUAUGGAUUUCAGACCAGGGGGCUGAUUCUCUAAGAAUGGUGAAGCAGCAAUAUGUUAGCCUAGAGGAUCUGAGGGACUCUUCUGAGAUCAGAAUCUUCAGGGAUCAUCAGAGAGGUUGCAUUUCUGUUCGCAAGAGACCAAGGCCUGAUUUCUGCUGAAUUCAGUUUAUCAUCAUUAAUCAUUUUCAAUGUUUGCGACCUGAUUUGUAUCCUCUCAGUUUCUGAUGAGAUCCUCUCGUUCUCUCUGCUUUGUUAUCAGCGUGUGUAAGUACAGAAU